AGAGUGUUUUGUGUAAAACGAAAUGUAUGGAUGUCUGAUUCCGUCGUCGAGUUUGGAGGAAUAAUAAUGACGAGGUGACUACGGACUUCAAAAUGUACAGGAAAAUGAACAUUGGAAAUUUAAUAUCUACAACUUUUAUAUUUUAUUACUAUUCAUAUUUUGUUGAGGGAGUAACGAGGUAUCUUACAGCAAACGAAACUGUUCAAUAUAUCACAUCACCCAACUAUCCACAAAGUUACGGAGACUCCAGUUCCAUGUCUUGGGUAAUAACUGCCACAAACUCUAUAGAGGACCCCUCCGUGUACCUCCGAGUGAUUGACAGUCAACUCCAGCCGUCUCUCGCCUGCUAUAAUGACGUAGUCGCUAUCUAUGACGGUAUAAGCAGUCUAUACCCUGAGAUAGUGUCAAUAUGUGGGUUCAGUUUUCCCACCUCUACCAUCCACUCAAAAUAUAGAACUAUCAUGAUAGAUUUCGCAUCAGACAGCUCCGAUAAUAAUUAUAGAGGCUUUAAAAUAGCAUACUGGGCCAAAACUACAGCCAAGGUUAAAUAUGUCACCAAGCCCUUCACAACCAUGCACUAUACACUUUUAGGGAUCGGCUGUGCAAUCAUUUUUGUUAUCCUGUGUGUACUUGUAUUUGUCAUAUUUGCCAGGAAUCGGGAAAAAAUAGCAAGUUUGUUUGAAAACGAAGAUGUAUAAAUAUAUAAGUUAAUGUGGCUUUCUCUGUGCAGCAGAAAUACUCUGGGGACCAAAUUAAUCCACAUUGCAGUGGUUAGUUUUAUAUAUAACUGAUUUUAUUUAUUCAACAAUUCACAAAAUGCUCUUAUUUUUUUAUCUAUAUUAAUAUAUU